UGUUGGCAUCACUACUCACCUAAAAAUGGAGCAACAUAAACAGAGAUCUUUUCUUUUUAAUCUAUUAAUUAUUUGAAGUGCCUUUUGCCUUCAAGCUCUGCUCAACUGAGCGUAAAGUCUGUCGUCAUUCUCUUUUUCAUUUUUGCAAGUUAAAAAUACUUAAUUUGAACCAAAACCCUAAAAAACACUACAAAGUGGAUAGCUUCACAUAAUUGUUACUACAGUAUUACAGUACAGUACAAGUUCACAAGUUCCAGUUUACCACAGCGGGGGUAUUGUUGCUAAGCAACAAAGUAACACAAGCCAUUGUUGCGUAUGUGAGAAAAGCCAGGUGCAGUAAUUUCCAGGAACAUGCAGACAGGACAAAAGAGAAAAACAUGGGACUCAAGUCGUUUCAGGGGAGAACACAUGACGGUUUGGCCAAGGGGCCACCCAGUGAUGUUUCCUCACGCGCAGACAGAUCACUGGAGCAAAAUGAAGACAAUGGUUGCCAGUUAUCUUGCAACAGUCCCAGCUGCCUUAAUAAAUGACACAGUGAAGGAAUCAAAUGAAGCUGCCCCAAACUACACCAAUAGCGGCUGCAGCUUGUUACCUCCUUUAAUUAAGGAUGCAGCAGUCUGUAUUGAUGUUGUGCCAGCCCACAGCAUCUCCGAUCACAGACCUGAAUUCCAACCUCAGAACAUGCCCCAGUACAGGAACGUGUUCAGUGAGCGGGCCAGGAGAGGCUUCUGCUACUGGCUCGCUGAGAAGAAGAAACCAGCCUGUGAGUUUGUGUCUACACUGUGCCGAAGCCAAAUGUCCGUUACACUGCAAGUGUCACCUCGGUGUAACUUUCAUACCUACAUGUUGCUCGGAGGAAUGAGAAACAUACUAUAAAUUUUAUUUUAUUGCUGCCCCUUUGCUCAGACCUCCCCGUGUUUGCUUGACCUUUCAGGUCUCAGAGUUUGCAUUCAGAGAUAAACAGAAGCGUUUACAGAAAUUUAAUAAAACUUGUGCAUAGUCACAAUUUAUACUGGUUCUAAAUGCUUGUCAAACGCAGUGGUUUAAGGACACAGUUUUAGUGUAGGUACUGUAUAAAUGCACAUGACCUGACCUGACAUAUUUCUACUGAUU